GCAUGGCCCCAGGAGGGGGCGAUGGCGAGGUGGGCCUCGCGCAUCUUCGCACAUGUUCUGAGGCUAGUCACAUUUCCAGUGUCAGCUGAAGCUCCACAGUAGCCUUCUGCUCAGCAGUCAACGGGAGCUCAAAGCCUCAUUCUUGCAUGUUUGUGGCCCUUGACCUCUGAUGUGCCCAUCUGCAUGCAGAAGUAGGCUAGGCUGAGGCUCAGGGUCCAAGCACCGCACGUAGGUUUUUGAACCAUCAAGGUUCAUGAGUGCAGUCCUGUGUUGAGGUGUGAUGCAGGGGAGUUGGCAUGGCCUGAUGUUCCGGAGAGGCACCCACGCCUGCCCAGAGUAUCCCGGUAGCCCUCGGGUCCGUUUAGCGUCGGCCCCCCAGUGCAGCUUCCUGUUUUCUGUUCAGUCUCUACUGAUGGAGCAAAGUGAAAGUGAUGAGUGCAGCGUGUGUUCAAUUAAAAUGUGUGCCUUCUCCCCCUCUUCCCUUCCCUUCCCUCUCCUCUAUCUUCCAUUUUUGGCCACCUUCCUCUGUUGCCCAUGUACUGGAUCGACUUGCCCCUCCUGCGUGGCCCAACAUCCGCCCCUGACUGCCCACCCGACACCCCGGGGGGCCACGCCCAUAAUCCUGCCCCUCCCCAAACGGGCGCCUUACUUGACAACUUGUGAUUGAAUGCCCUUGGCCAAUGCCAACUCCGUGGGCACUGCAGCACAAUGCCAGUGUUUCAGUCCCAGACAGCAGUGGUCCCGAGCGUAUUCUGAGUGUCAGUGCGGACAUUGAGACUAUCGGCGAUAUUCUGCUGAAGAUCAUUCCCACGCUAGAAGAGUAUCAGCACUACAAUGGAAAUGACUUUGACUGCGAAUUGCGGCUACUCAUCCACCAGAGCCUUGCCGGGGGGAUCAUUGGGGUGAAAGGUGCCAAGAUCAAAGAGCUUAGAGAGAACACCCAGACCACAAUCAAGCUCUUCCAGGAGUGUUGCCCUCACUCGACAGACAGGGUGGUACUGGUCGGGGGUAAACCAGAUCGGGUCGUCGAGUGCAUCAAGGUCAUUCUGGAGUUGAUAUCGGAGGCCCCAAUCAAAGGACGCGCGCAGCCAUACGACCCCAACUUCUAUGACGAGACGUAUGAUUACGGGGGCUUCACCAUGAUGUUCGAGGAGCGCACUCGGCGACCCCUGGGCUUCCCCAUGCGUGGCCGGGGGGGCUUUGAGCGCAUGCCCCCCGUUCGUGUGGGCCGCCCUAUGCCCCCUUCCCGAAGGGAUUACGAUGACAUUAGCCCCCGCCGAGGGCCGCCUCCUCCGCCACCGCCAGGUCGAGGAGGCAGAGGAGGGAGUAGGGCUCGUAAUCUGCCUCUUCCACCACCGCCGCCUCCUAGAGGAGGCGACAGAAGAGGAAGACUGGUGGACCGCUAUGACAGCAUGAGCGGAGGCGGAUAUGACAACUCCUCUACCUGGGAGCCCUUCCAGUCAGGGGGCCGUGGUUCCUACGGAGACAUUGGGGGUCCUAUCAUUACGACACAAGUGACGAUCCCCAAAGACCUGGCAGGCUCCAUUAUCGGCAAGGGGGGACAGCGGAUUAAGCAGAUCCGCCACGAGUCCGGUGCGUCCAUCAAGAUUGACGAGCCCCUGGAAGGGUCUGAGGACCGUAUCAUCACUAUCACAGGCACUCAGGACCAGAUUCAGAACGCACAGUACCUGUUACAGAACAGUGUGAAGCAGUACUCCGGUCGCUUCUUCUGAAGGAGAACGUCGAGGAUCGAAGUGCCCCCUUGUCACCCUCACCGCUCUUGUUCAAUAAGCCACAUUCCUCUACCAUGGGUAGAUGGCCCCUGCUCCCCUGUCCUUGCCAGUGUCACACCUGUCGUGCUGGGAGUGCGCCACAGCGCCCCUCUUGUCUCGCCCUGUCCUUCCUCAUGUUUCCGGUGCUUCGCGGUGGCGCGACCGGGGGCUCCGUGCGCUUUCCUGCGCCAUCGCGACGUGCACAAGGUCAUCCUAUUUUGUAAGGAGCAUUUUACGGUUUUUAAAAUAAAUUUAGUAAAUUCUUUUGUGCCAUGUGUUCCAUUGACAGGAUAACUGUGUGUAAACAGAAAGUCUAGGCGGCCUGUGUUAAACUGUACUACCUUGUG